UAAUGUCAAUAUGAUAAAUGAUUGACCUAACUACUAAAUUUAAAAAUUAUGUCAUGAAAGAUCAGUAAUCAGUAACAUUCUUGAAAAUGGAUCACCGUUCGCCCUUAGAAAGUAUUUUCAGUGUAAUUGGUGGUUUACCCCAGGGUCACGACAAACCAGUGAAACAUGCUUUAUACAAUGCAGUGGCCCUUUUCCUUUUAUUCUUGUGUUGUGCCGCAGGAUAUGCUUUGUAUAUGAUACUGGAACCAUUUGUAAAACCCCUAAUAUGGGCCGUACUAGUUGGCUCAGCUCUACAUCCCCUUAAACGAUCACUGAGGGAUAGAUUUCAGGCCUGGUUUGAAACAUUGGAGACAACCAACACACCAGUCAUUUUUGGAGUAAUAUUGCUGCCAAUCAAUAUUAUAAAUGAUUUAUCGGAGUUUAUUGGAGAAACUCUUUAUAAAAGAAUAAAACUAAUUAUUGGAGUUUCCGUAGUAAUACCGAUGAUCCACCUUAUUUACUAUUACACACCAAAGAUAAUUGCUACAUUAGUCUGGAAAAUAUUAACGUGCUCGUUUAAAUCCCUGAAUUUCUUUUUGGAUAACUCGACGGUUUUAGUGGUUUCUCUAAGUUUAAUCGGUUACAUGUCAAUUGUGUUUCUUCUAUGGAAACCAGAAAAUAACUCCAAAUUUCACUACGCUUCCAUAAUAAUUUGGUUGUUGUGUUCAUGUUGUCUUGCCCAACUGUUUGGGUCAUUACAGUUGCCUGUGUUCAUUAUACUGCAAGUAAUAUUUUUUGGAGGGUUUGUAUCCGAAGUAUAUGAAAUUCACGAAGCCAUGAAUAAUGCAGGUCAUCCGAUAUCCAUUACAGAAUCUUUGUUAUUGGCAUUUCAUGAUAAAGCAGUAGAAUUAGAUAUAAGUGAAAAUGGCUCCGAGACUAAAGAUGAAAAUAUUGAUAAUAUAGACCCCAAUGAAGAGAAAGAAAUUGAAGUAAAUCCAAAUGUUACGUUUAGUGAAAAAUCGGAGACGAUUGAAAAUGUAGGAGACACAAUUAAAACCGCAAAGACAGACCAAAAAGAGAAAGAUCCCUGGUCUUUGGAAUUGUUUGAGGAAAAGCAGCCAAUAACCCGUACCGAUUCUGAAUUAAGUAAUACAAGUGUUCUAAUAACUAACCAAGGAAUACAUUUAAUACAACAACCCCAGACUGCAACCAUUUCGGAAAUUUUAAAUAAACCAAAAUUAUUGAGAAAAGAAACUAGACUAAAAAGAUCCUUAUCUCAGCCACAAUUUGGCAAUAGUGGCAAACUACGUAAGUCAAACAUUCUACAAAUGGGCAGAAAACUCAGUUUGACUUAUUCGAAUAAUAGUUUAAUAGAUACAGAGACUUACGAGAGCACGUUUUAUUUAUACUCUGUAUUAUGGGCUUGCAUUGUUAUGUUAUUCUGGAAAAACGUCAUGUUGCUUCCGUUGUUGCCAGUGCCAAUACUGUUUUACCUGAUUAAACACCUAGGGCUAUAUUUGGGCCUUUGGAACUACCUCUAUGAAAAGUUCCAUAAUGUUUUCCAGGCACUAAGCAUUUGGUGUGAAGAGAGGCACGACGCGCUCGUUCCCGUGCCUAUUAGAGGACUGUAUAAAGUUAUUCAUAAAGUCAAUACUACUUUAAAGACUGGCGUUAAAGAUAGCAUAGAUACCGUCGCUAGUUGUGUCGUUAUAUUUGGUCUAAUCGUUUUUCUCAUUUGUGCAUCGGUGUUCAUCGCAUUACAGAUUUAUGCUGAAGCGAUUAUGAUGGUUCAAAUGACUGGCAACGUGAUUAACCAGACCGUUGUCCACAACCCCGAGUUAAGACAAAUGUUGCCACCAGCAUGGGACGACACCGUAGACUCCAUUCUAGAUAAUGCUUACCAGUAUGGGAGGGAAGGCAUAUCGAAAGCGGUAAGGGGAAUGAUGUCUGACGUAGACUUGGCAAAGUCUCAAAAACUCGAGAACCAAAUGUUGGAGCUUUGGGACAGAGUUUAUCAAAAUUGGAUGUCUGCAAACGAUUCAAACGGGCCUAAAGUUUCCGAAGAUGCCGUUAAGGCUUCAUGGGAAGAUUUUAUAACCGACAUUCAAAAAUCACCAGAAAUGUUUAAUUUAGGUGCGAUCAUGGAUUUUGGUAAGCAGAAUAUUGGAACGCUCCUAUCGCUGCUUGAAUCAAUUUGGGGCAUCGUUAAAGGAAACAUAAGUUUAAUUUUGGGAUCUUUCAGUACAUUUCUGUCUGUUAUACUUGGAGGGGGGACAGCGGUAUUAAAUUUCAUAUUAAAUGUGGUCGUCUUUUUAACAACACUUUUCUACUUAUUAAACUCGAGUGGUGAUCUGUACAAGCCAGUUGAACUUCUUACUAAAUUUUCGCCGAGCGGCAGACGUUUUGGGCAUGCUUUAGAAGGAGCUAUCAAUGGCGUUUUCUCGGCUUCUUUCAAAAUGGCGGCGUUUUACGGAAUGUGGACGUGGUUUAUACACAACCUAUUUGGAGUUAAAAUUGUCUACCUUCCUUCGGCUUUUGCUACGAUUUUGGGUGCCGUACCCUUCCUAGGAACAUAUUGGGCAUGUAUUCCAGCCGUUUUGGAUCUCUGGCUUGCCCAGGAUAGAACUAUAUCUGCCAUUUUAUUCGCGGCAUGUCAGUUUCUUCCAACGUCCGUUGUCGACACUACAAUUUAUAAGGAAAUAAAGGGUGGUGGUCACCCUUAUUUAACGGGUCUUGCUAUAGCAGGCGGAAUUUUCUGUCUGGGUGUUGAAGGGGCUAUAAUCGGGCCUAUGAUUUUAUGUGGUUUAUAUGUAGCUAUAGAUUUAUCUUCUAGUCUGUUUAAAGAAUCUCCGUCUGAGGAAUCUCUAAACCUAAGAUUGCACCACAUUCAGGACAGCAGUUAAAUAAUGUGUUCAUAAGUUUGUAAGAUGUUUUUUUUCCUAUUUAUUGUUUUUGUUAUAAAAUACCUGUUUUAUCAUUGAAAAUAUGUAAAGGCCAGAAUUUUGAGCUGUAAUGACAAAUUUCAUUAAUUAAAAAACGUGAAGACGUCACUGACAUGCAAGACAUAGUGAUUUUAAAGAAGAUUGGCCUAAUGUGAUAAAAAUAUUUAAAAUUAUUUUAAUUGGUGACGAGGAAAGAAACUUGUCGUUGCAAAAUAAAUUUUCCUUUGAAAAUUUAAAAUGUUAUUAAAAAUGUGGCGUAUGAAAAAAACUUGAUUUUCCAAGUACUUAUGGUUGUGUAAUAAUCAAAAAUAAAUCUAAUACUGAUCAAAUAAAUAAAAUUAUAGCUGUUUUAAGUAAUAAGUAUGCAGAAUAAUUCUUUGAAUGACUGAUGAAAGUAUUUUGCAUAAGUGUUACAUAUAAAAUUUCUCAAUACAAAUAAUUCAGUGGCUCUAAUAAUUUUUUCCGCAACGUUUUGUGUUAGGUGUUUCCAUAAUUAUUUGCGGCCUAGUCCAGAAAUGCAACAUUUUGCGGACUAUUUUUAGGUCGAAUAAUUCCGAUAUGUACAUCGCCAAAAUACUUUGGUGUCAAAUCAAUAAUAAUUUGUUAUAUAAGGCGAAUAAUGAACAGGGUGUAAUAUAUUCAAAGUGAAGGGUUGCAGGAAUUUGGAAAAUACUCUGAAAAUCAUUAAAAAAAAACAGUUUAUUCCAUUUUCUAAUGUUUUAUUUAAAUUUGCCCAAAUAAAUAGUUAUAUUUUUUUUUAAUUAUAAUUUCGUCUUGUCUCUAAAAUGAAUAGAUGUGCUUUAUUGCUAAUUAAAGUAGCAUAUGCAUAAAAAAUAUUUUAUUAAUAAAAUAAAAUAAUGUCAAUUUAAAUAUACUUACAUACCUUAGAAAUUUAAAAUUUUAUGCAGCAGUAAUAUGUUGCGCAAAUACAUCUUCCUGAUAUCAAAAAUAUGUUGAGAAUAGUUGAAUUAUUUGAAUUAGCAUGUAGUCAGAUUAUUCUAUUUUGUUACUGUUAUAUGUAUUAAUGUUUAGCUUGUACUGUGUACUGAUAGCUUUGCUAAAAAUAAUCUACAUAUGUUUUAAAUGUUAGUAACAUUAUAUAUUUUUUUAUACAGAUGCAAGAUUAAAUUAUUUUUAACAUUAUUUCUAAUAUAGCUAAAAAUAAUU